AUGAUGAUGCUAGGACACACGGCCAAUGCCAAGAAGAGCAGCAAGUUCGAGGACUCGGACAGUCGCAUGUCCAGGCCCAGGGCCGUGUCCGAGCUGCCGCAGCGUCCAGCACAGCGCCUGAAGCCGGCGGCGGCGGCGGGCACGGAGGCAAGCGGCGGCACGCCGCGCCGCGCUCUCGGCGUGCGGGUGACGGCGGCGCCGCGCAGCCCGUUGCAGGAGAAGAAGCCCGCCACUGCUAGUGGUGGUGGUGCCGGCGCGGGGACGCGGGUGGCGGACCUGGAGGCGAAGCUGGAGAGGGCCCACGGCCAGCUCCAGGGGAUGCGGGAGCAGCUCGCGGCGGCCGAGAAGGCCAGGAAGGACGCGCGGGCAGCGCUCGUGGAGGCCAAGAAGCGCUUGGCCGCAAAGAAGAAGGACGAUCUCGCGGGUACGGGGCCGGUCGAGCACGAUGGCGGCAAGGAGCUAGCGUCGUCAGCACCCAAAGCUUCUGCUGGUGUCGAGGAGCGUGACGACGAGGAGAAAAGCUACGUGGCGGUAGCGCCGAGAGAGUCGGUGAACAACGAGGGCCCGGUGUUCGAGGAGGGCAACAAGACUAGUGAUGGGGAGGAGGCGAGCAAUGUCGUUGACGAUGACGACGAUGGCAACAACAACAAGAAGGUAGGCCCGGAGGUCGAGAUGCUGAGGGCGAAGCUGAUGGCGAAGGACAUGGAGGUCUACGAGCUCAGGGCGAAGCUGAUGGUGAUAGACACGGAGGUUGACGAUCUGAGGGCCAAAGUGAUGGCCAAGAGCACGGAGCUCGACGAGCUGAAGGCGGCGCUGAUGGCGAGCAACGAGCUAGUCGACAAGCUAACGGCGAAUCUGCUGGUCAAAGACGCGGAGAUCGCGGCUCUCGAAGCCGACAACGCCGACCUCACCAAGAUGGCCGAAGACGCCGCCGAGGCCGCGAAGUCGACGGCGGCGAGGGCGAGGGAGACCGAGCACGCGCUGAGGGAGAGCGCGGCGCGGGAGGCCCGGCUCGCCGAGCGGCUGCGGGCUUCGGAGCACGCCCGGGACGCGCUGGAGGCCGAGGCGCAGCGCUCGCGCGUGCAGAGCGAGCAGUGGCGCAAGGCGGCCGAGGAGGCUGCCGCGGUGCUAGCAGGCAGCGGCGGCGCCGUGGACAACGGCGGGUACGACAAACGGCGCCACUGGUCUGGCUCGGCCUGCGCCGGUGGUGGUGGUGGGAGUGACAGCAAGGCGGUGGCCAAGGACGACGACGAAGACGGAGCCAGUGGCAAGCGCAAGGCUGGCGGCGCCAUGCGGGCGCUCAGCGACCUGUGGAAGAAGAAGGCGCAGAAGUGA